AUGUCUUGUCAAACAACAUAUUCUCGUCAAGUAUUGCAACGAGUCAGUGACCGUAAAAAAAGGAAACUAGCCAUUGACGAUUCUGAUGAAAUAUCAUUAAGCCGUAAUUUAGAUUUAUUCAUAGAUUCUCAGUUAAAAGUGAUCGAAGAUUCCCAAACAUCAUUGAAAGGGCAUAGAGACUUGUUUGGUGAACUCAUACCACAAGAUGAGUUUGUCAGUAACGCAGAAACUAAAAACAAAUCAACUAAAAAAACACCAGUAUCAAAGAAAAAGAAACAACCAAAUGAAGAAAUUAUGAUUGAUAGUCCAAUAAUAAGACCAAAAAGGGUGUUUAUUCCUACCCUGAAUUUCAUGAAGAUAAUGAAGGAGGCUCAAACAGAAUUGUACUCCUUAAUGGGUGUCAACAAAAGUUCAAGUGAUAUUUCAAUUGUAACAACUGAUAGCCUUAAUGUUAGUGGAAUACAAGAUUUACAAGGUAGCCCUAUAACAAGUACAAGGAAUGAGUCUAAAACAAUUUCAAAGAAUAAUGAUAAUGACAAGGAAUCUCGACGAGUUCUUGAAGGAGUUGUUGCAUUUGUUGAUUACAAAAUUGACAAUGAUCGCAGUGGUUCAAGUAUUACCCAAUAUCUCAUUGAUUUGGGUGCCAAAGUAGAAAAAACAUUCAACCAAAAAGUUACCCAUGUGAUGUUUUGUGAUGGCUUACGUAGUACAUAUAAUAAAGCAAUAAAACGUAAUAUUCCACUUGUAUCAGCAAGGUGGAUGGAAUAUAGUAAAUUAGCUAAUAAGAUGUUGGAUCCAGAUGACUAUCCUCCCGUUGAUAUGGAAAAGUAUAAAAAAACACCAGCAACAAACAUUAAUAUUCCAAUAAGCAAUACAUAUAAAAAAUUCUUAAGACCAAGUAAUAUUGAACGUGAUCAGAUAUUUAAAUCUAAUUGUGAUAAUCUAAUGGAAAGAUUUUUCAAUUUCAAUAUGAAUCAGAAUAAUGAAAAUAAGGAAAACAGUCCUAUCAUUGAAACCCCCAAAAAAUCUAGUGUUAACAAAUUAAAUGAUCCUAACAAAACAAAUGAUAUUGUCAAUAUAUUAUCUGAUCAACUAUGUAAAGUAUUAAACAAUAUCGAUAGUCCAGUACCAGAUGACCAAAUUGAUGAGCUAUAUAUUCCAAUGUCAAUUAAAGUACUAAGAAAAUAUCUCACAUCCAAUGAAAAGGAGAAUGCAACUUCCACAGAACUAGAUAGUGAACUAGCUAAAAUUGAAGAACGGCUAAAUUUAAAUGUUCAAGCUAGACAACGAUUUCGUAAGCUAUUAUUUCCUUCAAAUAAGGAUUUGAAUAACACAAGCGGUGUCAGCGAUUUCCCAUCACCGUCACCUCAAAAAUUGAGAAUCAGUGCUCCUUCAAGAUUAAUUAGUACAAGGAAGAAAAAAACAAUGCUUGAUAAUAAAUUGUUACCCAAUAAUAAAAACUUAAACAGUAAUAAAAAAACACCAAUAAAAAACAAUGAUAAAGUUAAUCCCUUAAAAUGGGGAAUACCUUCAGACCUACGUCCAAAAAAAACUAAAAAAAUCACUGUUCAAAAAGUAAAAAAUGUGAAAAUAACUCAUACCAAAGACACUGUUUCUAGUAUUAUGUCCAGAAAUUCUUCUAAAAUAUUCCAAACACCAAAAACCUCUUUAGCUAGCCCUGUAGUGUUACAGUCAAUUGCAUGUAGUGGGAUGACAAAAAGUGAAACAAACAUUUUAAAAUCAUCUAUACAAGACUUAGGAACAUUCAUUUUUCAUACUAAGGUAGAACCUUCAACUACUUUUUUAAUUACCAAAUCACAACCAAAUCGGACAUUAAAUAUUGUAUUUGCAAUGGCUUAUGGAUGUUUCAUUGUUUCUGAAAAUUGGGUACAUGAAUCACAUAAAAUUGGUAGAUGGCUAUCUCAUGAACAAUACUUAAUCUCAGAUCUGUCUGAACGUGUUAAAGAAUUUCAAAUAAGACGUCAUACAUUUGGGUCAUUGUUAACAUUUCAUUUAUUCGAUGAUGUUGGCAGAAUUUACGUAUCAGAUACCUGUGAGCCACCUGCUAAACUCUUGAGACGACUGGUGCGUGCUUGUGGUGGUCAUUGCACGAAUACUGAGACUAAGGCAGAUAUAGUUGUUGGUUAUACACCACAAUUUAAUAAUAAUAUUCAUGAAAAAUGGAUUUUGGAUUGCAUAACCCAAGGGAUAUUACUAAAUAAGAAUCAGUAUACUAUGUUAGUUAAUACAAAUGAUAUUAUGACCUGAAAUAAUUUUCACCUGUGUUGGCUUUUAUUUAUAAUUUUUAUUUUAUUUAGCUAAUUGAUAUGUUUAUUCUAAAAAACUAGUCUUUAUUUUUUGAACAUUAUUACUCUUCU